AUGUUAGGGUCAAUGUUUGGGGGUUCCUCCAUACCACCGUCUGCUGCACCCUUUAGUAUGCAUGAUAGCUCUAGAUCAUCUAGUAAUCAUGCGGAGAAACGCAAAUUUAAGAGGCCUAAUGGUAAAUCUAGCAAGACUACAUCCAACAAUGGCUCUAAGGGGAAGCUAAUAAAGAAAAUGGUACCAACUUUGAGUCAGGAUCAAAAUGAAAUCAUUGGCACACUUUUUGAUGGAAAUCCAGCGAUACUUGGGUUUCAACAGCCGACAAAACCAGCCGAGAGAGAACUACCGAGAUAUCUCAUAAGACAGGCACCCAUCUUGAAACCUGUACCGAUAGUUCAAGACGAAUGGGAUAAAAAAAACCAGGAACGCAUGCUUCAACUGGAAGACAACAUAUCUGAUGUGACUACACUCUGGGAAACAUUGAAGAAGAUGAGAGACGAAGAAAGAGAAGUAAUGGAAGAGAAAGGACUCGUUGACAAAGCAGAUCAGGCGAAAGAUCUUACUGAAGCAAUCAUUUUCCAAGGUACGUGUCAAGAUAUGUGUCCAAUCUUUGAGAGAGCUAGAAGAAGUGUUGAAAACAAUGUCGUGAGGUAUGAAAAAGCUAAUCCAAGUGAUAAAAAAGUUGAUAGAGGUAAAGCCUUAAAGGUAUUCGCUAGACCUGCAGCUGCAGCUGCUCCACCAUUACCGUCUGAUGUUAGACCUCCUCAUGUGUUAUUGGGAACACUGGACUACAUAGUAGAUGAAAUCGUCCCUCUACUACCAGACUGUGAAGCCUUUCUAUGGGACAGGAUGAGAUCAAUAAGACAGGACUUUACUUACCAGAAUUACUCAGGACCUGAAGCCAUUGAUUGUAACGAGAGAAUUGUAAGGAUACAUUUGCUAAUUUUGCACCAAAUGGCAAAGACAGAUAUUACCUUCAGUGUUCAACAGGAACUUGAACAACUACACAAGGCGAUAAUUACUUUAUGUGAAAUAUACGACGAAGUAAGAGAUCAAGGAGGACAAUGCCCCAACGAAGCCGAAUUUAGAGCGUACGCCCUUUUGAGUAAGAUAAGAGAUCCCGAAUAUGACAAGAUGGCCCAGGACUUACCCAAUGAUAUCUUCAAUGACGAGCUAAUGCAGUUAGCAAUUACCUUCAGAAGAAUUCUAGCGAACUCUAACCAUGUGGAAAGAGGUGUUGUCGUAACGGAGAAUUGCAUGAAUUUAUACGACCGAUUUUUUCAAUUAAUUCAAUCUGAUAAGGUACCCUUUCUAAUGUCUUCAUUUUUGCAGGUGUAUCUCAACGAGAUUAGAUUUUAUGCAUUCAAAUCUCUUUCUUUAGCGGUAACCAGAAAGGGAGGGAACUUACCAUACCAAUAUUUUAUAGAGCACUUUUUAUUUCGUGAUGCAAACGAUUUGGAGACAUUCUGCCGCUACUACUCCAUAGAUUUCGGUGAUGGGAAGAUAUUAUUGAAAAGUCUCACUGGAACUUCUCAUUUCCUAGCAGAAACUCAGCCAAUGAGAAAGAAUUGGGUUUCAUGCGUGGAGCAAAAAUUACAGAGAAAUACCACGACUGCUCUUAUAAAUAAUCGAAAACACAAUGUUGACACAAUUCCUUCUAACAAGAGGUCUCUCCUGGACAACGUAUCUCAACUAGAAGAAUCACAGCUAACGCAAUAUAACCAAAACUUUGCUGGAACAUCUGGUGCUAAGGAAACCCUUCCUAUAUCUGCAAACCGACCCUUUAGCUUCCAAACAAGUACUUCCCUAAUCACAGAAAAGAAUGCUACGGCCAAUGGAAACCAACCGUUUAUGUUUGGUACUCCGUCACAACCUAAAACUGAUGUUAAAAAAGCCCCUAACGACGUGUCAUUAGAAGGUGUAAAGCUCGGGCAAGCUGCACCUUUUGGAAAGACAGACGAAUUUGUAAAAAAACAGGCAUUACAGCAAAAACUGGAGGAACAAAAGCAAAAGUUCAACAUGCAAAAGCAGUUAGACGAAAAAGCCCGACUUCUCAAUGAAAAGCAAGGCUUAGAAAAACAAAAUGAAGAAAAGCUGCGGAGACAGCUGGAAUUAGAGAAAGUACAACAAGCAGCUAUUCAAAGAAGAAAUGAAAUUGUCAAUGAAACCAGCAGUAACAUCUUUACUACUUUAAUGGAGCAACAACUAGAAAAAACCAUUAAAAAUGAGAUUCAAAAGAGACAAGCUAACGCCCUUCAUAUUGAAAAUCUGAGCAGGGAUUUAUUUCGGUCAUUCAUACAUGAACAAAUAUACUUCGUAUUCCUUGAAGUGAGAGCCGAUAUAUUUAAGAAAAAGAUUAUUACAAUGCAUGUAAUGAAGAAAUGGAGAUCUAAGUUCAAUAAAAUACUGAAAUUGAAGAAAAUCAAACAACAAAAACAAGAAGAGGCUCUAAGAUUGAGUAAGGAACUUGGAGUAGGAAAAAGAGUUCAUUCCCUACGCUCCACUACAAAAAAAAAUAAGUAUCUGGACGCCAAUUCCACUUUUGAAGCGUCUUCUUUCAUUAAAUCAGGCACAAUGAAUUACAGCACACCUUUACACUUGGAAGAAAAUCAUUUCACAACACCGGUAAGAAACAAUUCAAAUGUCUGGUCUCCUUUAGAUUUGAAAGAAGUGUAUUUUAACGAGUUGUUAUCGCGGCUGCAAGGAAUCUUGAAAGAUAGUAAGCUUCAAAGCAAAGACAUCAAAUCACAAAUUGACAUCGUACUAUAUUCAAAGACCUGGGAAUGUAUCUCAGGCCAGUGGCUUUUAAGUAAGUUCCACCUAGCAAAGGACUCAACAUACACGAUAGAUAGUCCGAUACUAAAUGCAGGCUUUAUAAGACUAACCAACGAUUACAAGACAGACAGCUUCAACAAUGUCAAUUUAGUAUUAUUCAAUUCGGGUGUCACUGAUUCCGACAUAUUUGAUUUGGAUAUGAAACUACAAAAAGAUGGAGAGAGGUUGAUUGAGGUAAUAUGUGGAGUUGCAUUCAAUACCAAUUACAAGUUCAAGCUAAUCAUAAUAUACUGGGAAUCCAUCGAAAACCCCAAAAGUACAACGGAAAUCAAACAACUUCUAAAAGUUCACAAAAUCUUGAAACGUUUCGGAGAUAUCAUGUAUGGCAUUGAAGUUGUUAAAAUUGUCGGAUCUAAUCCUGAAGCCCUAGUUGCAAACGGUUUAGCUAAUGCCGCGCACGACUUCCAAUUUGAGCUAACCGAUCGUGGAUUAUACAACGAAACAAGAAAACGUCGCAGUUUACUCGGCGUUGGAAUGGACACAGUUCGAGAACCAUCUGCUGACAUCGAUGAAAAGAUGCAAUUGAUGUUACAACAAGACAAAGACAAGAGUAUCAGUAGCAUCAAAGAAAAGUCUGCAUAUGCCUACUUGAAAAACCAUGCCAUGGCUUCUCCAAGAGCGAGAUACAAGAAACUGCCAGUAUUGCUAUCUGAAUCGCAUAAACCAAAAUAUAAGACACCGAUUCCUUUAGCAAACAGUCGUCAUAGCUCUAUCACCUCUGCUGAUGUGUCUAAUCCCUCACAUUUGGUGAAGAAGAUCAAACCCUCCAGAACUCAAAUACCACCACACAAUACGUCGGGAAAUUUCGGUACACCAAGCCAACCACGAAGCUUACUUAAUCAUACAGCGGUUCUCACCACUCCGCACCUAGCAGGAAUAGGUUCUCACAAUGCAUCUGCCAGUUCAAACGUUGCUAACAUUUCUGUUCAUUCAGAUUUCACCACACCGUCCGCAACUUCAGCUCCACCAAAGCCAAUGGCAAGAUCAUUCUCCAUUUCGGAACAUCCUACUCAACCAGACCACACUAAAUCAAAGAGAAUGCCAAGAUCUGUUCCCGGUGAUAUCCCACCAAGCAUUAAGGAACUUCAAAACCUUAUCGCAAGCGUUAAAAGGAACCUUCAAGACCAUCAAUAA